AUGACGACUCCAGCGACCCCAAAUGGAGUUAAGAAGCGGGCUUUUGCCAGUUCGCCACAGAGUUCUGGUAAAAAAAAGUUCAAACAGUCGUCCCUGAUGUCGUUCUUCGGCAAACAAAACAAGAGGGCUACUAGUACACCUAUCAAGACGGCUCGCACGCAGAGCUUGUUUGUUGAGAAUGAGGAUGGGUCUGACAACGAUACUGGAUUCAUCACAGCCGCAGACGACUCGCAUAUGGUGAUUGAUGAAGUUCAAAAAUCAGAAACACCAGCGACAGAUGCGACAAUGUCGAAGGAGAAGGAUUUGAGUUCUCCAGAGCCCAUAACUACAACUACUCCAGAUGGACGUAAAGAGCGAAGAGUGAAUUAUGCCGAAGACAGUGAUGAAAGCGAUAGGGACGAGAACGACAAGAACUUUUCCCAUUUAAGACGCAAGAAACGGCUGCCCUUGAGCGAUGAAGAGGACGAAUUCAAACCAGACGAAGCCCAAAACGCAAGUAGCGAUGAUGACGAGAGUGUUGUGGGUGACAAGGAGGACGAAGGGAGCGCCAUAGAUGGGUUGCUCGGAAGUGGUCAAGGCAAAAAUGACAUUGGAGACGAUGCUGAUGACGAUGAAUUGGUUUUGGCGCUGUCUAAAAAAUUGAAAAAGCGCGUCAAUUCUCCACCGCGACCUAAACCAGCUAAGAAGAUUGCUCCACGUAACAGUAUAGGCAAACACUCAAGCUUUAACAAAGAGAACGAAGAACGUUACCAAUGGCUCGUGCACGAGAGGGACGCACAAGGUCAUUCGAAAGACGACGAAAGCUAUGAUCCUCGAACUCUUUACAUCCCGGAUUCUGCCUGGUCGAAAUUCACGCCAUUUGAAAGACAGUAUUGGGAAAUCAAGGCCAAAAUGUGGGAUUGCAUAGUUUUCUUCAAGAAAGGGAAAUUCUUUGAACUCUACGAAAAGGAUGCGUUUCUGGCGAACCAUCUCUUUGAUCUCAAACUUGCAGGAGGUGGACGUGCCAACAUGCAACUGGCAGGUAUCCCAGAAAUGUCGUUUGAUCAUUGGGCGUCUCAAUUUAUAAGUCACGGCUUCAAAGUUGCUAAAGUUGACCAACGAGAAUCUAUGUUAGCGAAAGAAAUGCGUGAAGGUAACAAAGGAAUAGUCAAGAGAGAAUUACAAUACGUUUUAACUUCAGGUACAUUGACUGACCUAAAAAUGUUGCAGACCGACCAAGCUACUUUCUGUCUGUCGAUAAGAGAAGAAACUCCGGAAAUUUACGGAGGUAUACAAGACGAAGAGUCCGACGUAAAAACUGCCAGAGUUUUUGGCGUGUCUUUCAUCGACACUGCUACUGGACAAAUCAAUUUAUUGGAGUUCAAUGAUGAUAGCGACUGUACUAAUCUUGAUACGCUACUAUCGCAAGUUCGCCCUAAAGAAAUAAUAACGGAGAAGAAUAACCUUUCGAGCCUUGCUCAUAAAAUUGUUAAAUUCAAUUCACAGCCGCAGGCUCUUUUCAACUAUCUCAAGCCUAAUGUCGAGUUCUAUGACUUCAACAAAACCUUUGAUGAGUUGGUAUCUCCAGAUCACAAAUACUUCAAGAGCAUUGAUGACUGGCCAGAGGUUUUAAAGCGCUACUAUGAAAAGGGAAAACAAGCUGGGUUUAGUGCGUUCGGGGGCCUCAUAUCUUAUUUAAAAUGGCUAAAACUCGACGAAUCCAUGAUCUCAAUGGGUAACAUAACAGAAUAUGAUCCUAUCAAGUCUCAAGUUGCGCUGGUACUCGAUGGUGUGACUCUACAAAAUCUGGAAAUCUUUAGCAAUUCCUUUGACGGGACGGACAGGGGUACGCUGUUUAGACUUAUAAAUCGUGGCAUAACUCCUAUGGGAAAGAGACUGCUGAGAAAGUGGCUGAUGCACCCGUUGCUCAACAAAAGAGAUAUAGAGCAACGGUUAGAUAGCAUUGAUCAAUUACUUUCAGAACUUGAAGUACGAGAGCCUUUGGAAAAUUAUCUCGGGCAGCUGCCCGAUCUCGAAAGGCUAACAGCACGCAUUCAUUCCGGAAACCUCAAAAUAAAAGAUUUUAACACGGUUAUCGAGGGCUUCGAGACAAUUGUUACACUUCUAAGCAAGGUAGAAGAAUUUGACAUGCGUGGAGCACUGGGUAUGUUUAUCAAGCAAGUACCCAAGGAACUAAGUGAUGAUGUAGCAGCAUGGGCGAGCGCCUUCGACAGAAAACGAGCGACAAGCGAAAACAUCAUCAUUCCCCAACCCGGAGUGGAACCAGAAUUCGAUCAGUCUCUGGACGACAUAAAAUCUAUCGAAGACACUUUGAAUGAACUGCUCAAAGGGUAUAAGCGGCAAUUCAAAACUUCCAAUAUUGCAUACAAAGAUUCGGGUAAAGAGAUCUACACCAUCGAACUACCAAUGUCAGUGGUGAAACUAGUCCCAUCUGAAUGGAUUCAAAUGGGCGCUAAUAAGUCGAGUAAAAGAUACUAUUCUCCCGAGGUGGCCGAGCUUGCGAGAUCAAUGGCUGAGGCAAAAGAACGCCACAAAGCCCUCGAAGAUAGCUUGAAGGGAAGACUCUACCAAAAAUUCGAUGCUCAAUUCCAAAAAACAUGGUUACCAACUAUCAAUGCGAUUUCAAGCAUUGACUGUCUUUUAUCGCUGGCAAGGACAUCCGAAGCGCUUGGAUUCCCAUGCUGCCGUCCAAAGUUUGUGGAUGAGAUUGAUGAACCCACCGGUGCGAAACUACAGGGCCAUUUGAAGUUUAAGCAAUUGAGACAUCCAUGCUUUAACUUGGGCAGCACUGCUUCUAAAAACUUCAUACCAAAUGAUGUCGAGUUAGGGGGAGAGAAAACUUCGCUUGCUCUACUAACAGGUGCAAACGCUGCUGGUAAGUCCACAGUGCUGAGAAUGACAUGCAUUGCAGUAAUAUUAGCUCAAAUUGGCUGCUAUGUUCCCGCAGAAGAAGCCACCUUAUGCCCGGUAGAUAGGAUCAUGACAAGAUUAGGUGCUAGUGAUAAUAUCAUGCAAGGGAAGUCCACCUUUUUUGUGGAACUGUCAGAGACGAAAAAGAUUCUGGACAUGGCUACUAAUCGCUCUCUUCUCGUGGUCGAUGAACUUGGAAGAGGCGGCUCAUCCAGUGACGGUUAUGCUAUUGCUGAAAGUGUAUUACAUCAUGUGGCAACUCACAUUCAGAGUUUGGGAUUCUUCGCAACUCACUAUGCCGCUUUAGGUGAAGAUUUUCGUUUCCAUCCUAACGUUAGACCACUAAAGAUGGACAUUCUGGUCGAUGAAGAUUCUCAGACAAUUACCUUUCUUUAUAAACUUGUUCCAGGGAAAAGUGAGGGAAGCUUUGGAAUGCAUGUCGCUUCAAUGUGUGGAAUCUCAAAAAGCAUUGUUGAUGGUGCUCAAUUAGCCGCUGAUCAAUUAGAACACACCUCGAUAUUAACUAAAGAGCGGCAAGGGGAAAAAGGCUUGAAAAAAAAUCAGAUUCCAGAUGGAUUGUUAAGUGACUUCAUUCGACUCACGGCGGGGAACGGCUUGACUAACUCAAAAUUAGGAUCUGGUGAAGGUGUUGGAAUCUAUGAUAGAUUCGUUAAAACUAAAGUUUUGGAAAUUCUCUUCAAAAUGACCGAUGAACUGUGA